AUGACAUCUGCUUUGUUAACCAAGUUAGCAUUAUUCGCUGCCAUUCUCAAUAUUGCCUAUUCAGUACGUAUUUAUGAGCAAUGUGCUGGAGAUGGUUAUGGUACAUUUCCAUGUGAUGCUGGUUUAGCAUGUUUCCGUCGAAACAUAUGGUAUUCAUCAUGCCAAACUAGUUGUCCAAAGGGUGUUGGUUGGGAAUGUGAAACUUAUGUUCCACCAGUAGUAUUUGCUGCUGGAUGGGAUCAAUGCGGAGGUGAAGGUUGGUAUGGACCAAGAGCAUGUCCAGCUGGAUAUGCUUGUUAUGCACGCAGUAUCUAUUAUUCUCAAUGUCGUCCAGUAAAUGAUUGUCCAGCAGGUUGGGGAUGUGCUGCAUUAUUUGUUCCAUCUACUCCUACUCCAGUCGUUACUGCUACUCCAGUCGUUUCAGUUGUUCCAGUUACUGGUACUCCAGUCGCCCCAGUUGUUACUGUUACCACUGGUCCAGUUGUUUUAUCUGCUUAUGCACAAUGUAACAAUGUUGCCGGUGCAGUUUGUGCCGCAGGAACAGCAUGUUUUCGAAGUAAUGUACUCUAUUCUGAAUGUCGUCCAGCUUGUCCACCAACAUGGAAGUGUGAAACAGAUGUCGCUCAAUUAGACGAACAAUGUGGAGGUGAAGGUUUUGUUGGUUUAAAACGUUGUGCAGAAGGUCUUCGUUGCUAUGUAGCUACCGUAUGGUAUUCAAAAUGCGCAGCCUCAUGUCCUGGUGGUUGGCAAUGUUAA